AUGAUGAAAGACGAAAGAUGUAUUUUUAUCAUAUUGCCGGACGUUACCAACAAUUUUAAAGAUGAAGAGGUCCUAGAAAAACUAGAAGAAAAAAACUUCAUCAUUUUAAAAAGGAAGAAAGUGCACUUGACAGAAAAUGAAAUAAAAGAAAUAUUAAACGAGAAGCCUGAGCAGUACAGCAGUAUAGGAGAGUUUUACGCGUACGUGGAAAGCGGGCUGUCAGUCAUUUGUUUGGUAGAGCACAUAGAAGGCAACACAGCGGAAAAGUUGAAUUCUCUAGUUAAGAGCACGUCUAUCUUGAUAAAGGAUGAAAAAUACUUCGAAUGCCUAGAAUACCAGUGUAACUUAAAGUGCAGGAACGUCCCAUUCUACUUUAGCAAAAAUGACUGGUAUUUUAGUAGAGACCUGAAUUACUUCUUCCCCCCCCGGGACCACAAUUUUUUGGAAAGAACUUUGAUAAUAUUAAAACCGGACGUGAUAGAUCAGAACAAGAUAGGGGACAUAGUUAACGAUAUUUUGAAUUUUGGUUUGUUGAUCGUCGCCGUGAAGAGGGGCAUCUUAUCUGCGGAGCGGGCGAGCAGGCUGUACGAGGGGUCGGCUGGGAAGCCCUACUACGGUGCCCUGAUAGAAUUUAUGACCUCUCCGAAGGGAAUAGUCUGCCUAAUUGUUGAGGGGAAGAACUGCCUAAGGCUGGCGAAGAUUUUGUGUUGCCCCUGCUCUUCUACGGUUCCCUUUGAAGACAUGCCCAGUGCGUGUUUGAAGAAGAAGUAUGGAACUUGCGCGAUGAGGAAUGCUGUGCACACUCCCAGUGAGGACAACAUAGACAGAGAGAUAAACUUAUUUUUUGGUGAAGAAAAUUUUUGCAGCGAAAAUGGAAUUCUGCUAAUAAGAAGAAGCGCACUAAGUGGAGAGGGUUUAAACGAUCUGCGAGAUUAUCUGCAUGAUUACGGAUUCAACGUGUUGGAAGAGAAAAUAAUAUCGGUCGACGAGAAUAGUUUGAGAAACAUGUUUGAAGAACCCGGAAUGGUAGUCCCCAGUGUAGGGCCACAGAUGCAGUACGUAAUCAUGACCCUUUCCAGAGUGAACUGUAUCACCUGUCUGCACUAUCUAAUGGGAGGGAGGAGCACCAAGGAAUCCAAAUUGAAGAGGCCAAACAGCAUCAGAAGCAUGUUCAGCUCUCAAGAGAAUGACAUUAUAUUCGUGAAGGAUAAGAAAAAAAUGAACAGCCUCAUUAGACAGUACUUCCUCUACGAAAAAUACAACGAAUCGAUAACAGUCGACAUGGUAAAGAAUUUUUUGUAUCGCAAAAAUGUUACUUCUUAUCAGAAGGAAGAGGAAAAUGUCAAAUUGAGGGAGGUCCUUCUGGAAUGCUUUACCAAAAUGUGUGAGUCCAGACCAAGUGAAGAGGAAGCCAUAGAGUGGCUCAACGAGUGGCUUAAGCAGAAAAAGGGAGAAAUAAUGGGGGACAUAAAGAAGAAGGAAGAGGUCGAGAAAAAAAUGGGAAAUCUGCACCCACUUUGGGGGAGGAAGGACAAAUCUGGAGUAUCUGACGCAGGGGACGAGGAGAAAGUUAAACAAAGUAGUAGUCCCUUAGGUAGCGGCCGUGACAAUGCUGGUGAAGGAACCAAACGGGGAGAUCCUAACGAAAGAAGCAUUUUGCAUAAAGCAACCAAGGGAAACAAGAAAAUUUUCAUCAUACCGGACAUUCACGACGGGGAAAAGAACACCCCGAUUAGCGGAGAUAAUGAUGGGGCCAAGUUAGAAAUUAUAAAGCAUUUGGAGAAACUAGGUUACAUCAACUUAAGUUUUAGCGAGCUGUGCAUGAAAGAGGAGAAGAAGAAAUCCUUGCUUGGGAAAAAAAUAGAAUACACGAAAAGGAAGUACAAGAUGUUGACGGUAGAUUUGGUAAGGCGAAUUCUGAAGGAGAAUCUGGACAAGAAUAGGUCCUACAGAAGCUACGUGCUGAGUGGUUUUUACGGCGUGAUCGAUUUGGUUUACUUGACGCGGGAGGAUAUAAUCCCCACAGCGUUCUGCUUUCUGGUUGUGAAGGGGGAGGCAAAUGUGGAAAGCGACGAUAUGGGCAGUGGUGAGAGGGAAGGCGGCCAAGGGGAACGCGGUAAAGAGGAACACUGUGAAGAGGAGGGCGGAAAAGUCCAACCCGGUGAAGGGAGAAGUGCGCGACUGGACUCGUUCCUCUCCCUCCUGCAUGGAGGCGGAAAGCACCUCAUAGAGCACUUCCUAAAGAAGGGGAAAAUACUCAUCUACCGAAAGGGGAAAAAUUUCUUUGACAACUUUGUUCAAAAUUUGGAAAUAGAGAUAAUGCUCCUUUUGGGAGUAAACUUCACUCACCUGAAGAGUCAAAUUCAUUUUUUGGUAGAGUGUUACAAUUACCUUUUCGUUGACCAUGUUAAGCUGUUUAACGAGGAGAGGAGGAAGAAACAGGGAGAGACAUGUGAGGACGGAGUGGACUACUCUUCUGCUCCCUCGGACAGGCUACUCUCCUUCCUAAUAGAAAGAUUGAGCUCUCUAAAAGAUAAAGAUUACCGAAGAUUUGUCUUGUGUAAUUUUCCGCUUACUAUUCAGCAGAUGGAAGUGCUAAAAGGGAAGACAAAUGCAAAGGUGGUGGUGUUUCAUUUCAACUCCAGAGUGGGUGAGAAUGCGGUUCAUUUGGAGUGGAAGGAGACUCAGCAGGGGUUGCUUCAACUGGGGAGUAACAGAAAUGGGAAAAAAAACAAAAAAUCUGAUCACUACAAGGUGGAAGAUUCUUUCGUCAUAGGGGAAGGUGCCCAAAUGAGUAAAGAGGUGACAGUGUACCAAUUUGAUGUUAACAAUAAGGCAGAGAAGUUGUCUUCAGGUGUGUACCAUCUGUUUGAUCUGAUAAGUGUAGCAAAGAGGAGAGUCAUUUUAAUUUCUAACCUAACUUUGAAGAGUGUCGAUUUUAUUGGCCUAUACCUGCAGUAUGAAUACCCUGGCGUUGUCUUCUGUGACUUGAACUUUAUGAGUGAGGGGGAAGCAUCCAGGGAUUAUCCCAAUUCUAUGCAGCGUCUCAUUGAUGACUUGUUUGACGAAAAUAACCCGAAUAGCAGAAAUCACGAGAGAGUAAACCAAAUAGUAAGAAAAAUGAACAACUUUGUGUCUAGGUUGAAUGCGAGCUAUUUUGUAUUUGGGGGCUUUCCUAGCGACUUGGGGGCAGAGGACUUCCGAAAGGUGGAACUCUUUUUCGACAUCAAGCUGUGCAUAUUGGUUGUACCGGACGGAGGGGCUUCUCCCGAGGGGAGCGGAUUUGACAGGGGUGAGAAGUCCACCACGAUUGAGACGAUUGAGAAGUCCACCACGAAUGAGACGAUUGAGAAGUCCAGCCCGGCUGACCUACUCCCCCCACUUGACCUCUUCGACGCCGCAUCCGCGAAAGCAUCCCCCCUGGCGGGCACGGUCCUCUUCUUCGCCAGCAGGGGGAGUCUCCUAACAGUGGAGGUGGGUUCAGUGGGGGGAGCGGUCCAGGAUGCGAUCAACAAUGGUGGUGGUGAAGGGGAUGAGAAGGAUACAACUAUUGGACACUCCUCAGGGGAGAAGUCUUGCCCCAGUGACUACCCAGCAGAAGGCGACAAAGAGGGUGACCAACUGGAGGACGAAGAAAAGAAGAAAAUUUUGAAAAAAGUCGAGGACCGAAUUAGACCCAACCUGAUCUGCUACCACGCCCCAGACAACUAUGAUGUGAGGGAGUUUAUAAAAAGGAAAGUUGGAGAACACUCCAACGGGGACUCAUUUCACUGUUUAUUUUAUGAAGACCUGUUAAGGAAGUUACCUUCCAUCAUUGAAGAGAGGUCGGAAGGAUAUGUAAAAAAGCUAGCUGAGAGGAUAAAAGAAGAGAAGGAGAAAACGAUAAGAGAAAUUUAUGUAACAUACUUGGAGGGGGUUGUGAGACAUUCAAGUAAAUAUCUAUUUGGAAAUAUUGUCUUCUGUGAUGUGCCAUUAUGGACGGCUGGUGAGAAUGACAGUUGUGUCGAUACAUUUGGGCGCUUCACAAAUUUUAAGAAAAUCAUUCAGCUUGUUCACAGCGUGCAUGGGGAUGACUUGUUCGGGGAUGACGCCAGUGGGGUCCAUGGAGCGAAUACUUCCGCGGUGCUAAAUGACGACCGAGUGUUUGGAGUCCGUUGGCCUGGGGCUAGCAAUGCUGUGGGGUCUUCCCUCGAGGGGGCGGAGAUGAGGGGCGAAGGGGACGAGGCAGGAAGCGAUAAUGACAGGGUAGGCAGCGAUAAUGACAGGGUAGGCAGCGAUAAUAACGAGGAAGGAAGCGAUAGUAAAGAGGUUGUCAAGGCCGAUGAGGAAGAGCCGAACAGCGGGGGAAAACCGAGGGGCAGGCCAAAGCGCGCGGACAGGCUGAGCAGGUAUAACCAAGCGGCGAGAGACCUGCGAGACCUUAUGUCCAAGAAACACGCUAACGUCGAAGUGACCACCAUUUAUGUGAACAAAGACAUGCCGCGAAAUGCGGACAGUUUCUUCUGCCCCAAAAUCAUUAUCCUGUUCCUUCCUCAAAACGAGAAGCUUCAACUCCUUUUAUCAUCUCUGCUAUGUUUUCAUUUAAAAAAUUUUUCCUCCAUAAAUAUGGCGGAGCUGGUGCGUGAGGAAAUGGUGAAGGAGGGGAUAAGACAGGGGGUGGCUCGUUUUGAGGCGGAGGAGCAGGUGAAGGGCGACGUGAGCGGUGGGCGCCACAGCCAUGGGAAUCGCAACCUCCACAGUGACGAGAAGUGUAUCGUCGACAGAGCUUUUGCUUCCCUGCUUAGUCAAAUAAAACGGGCAGACAGAAACGUAUUAGUGACGGGGUUCCCCAUUGUUCAGAACAAAUACAGCAAGAGUGAUUAUUUCGAGCAGUUUGCUUUUCUCAAGGGUUUCACAAUUGGUGGCAUAAUCUGCCUCUCGUUUGAUGAUAUUUAUUUGCACACUUUGGUGAAUGAUGCCAUGCCCGAUGAGGCGUACGCUGCCAAGUACGACCAAGUGACGCAAAUGAUAAAGCUGGAGUUCGGCUGCAAAGGAAAGGAGAAGCAUAAAUUGCAUUUUGCGAAAAUAGCAAGCAAAGAAGAUUUACAGCGUGUGGUUGGAGAGAUUGCGGAAGUUUUUUCUUGCUGA